GGGCUAUGGAGCCUUGCUGAUUCUCAGCUCCUUCAUCCGGACGGUUUCUUCCGUGGCGCGCCUUCGUUCGACUCUCUCUCCAUCGCGGCUCACCGGAACACGAGGAGGAAUCCUUGACCGGAAACGAGGAGCCGGUCGUUUUGAUGUCGGGGACUGUCUCGCUGUCUUCUUCCCCGAUCUCGCAUCGCUUGCGCGCGGCUCCGUCUCAAAGCCUUCGCUGUUCCGCGAUCUCUCGCGGGCGGGUUGUGAGGAUGUCCGCGGCUGCGACGGACAGCCCCGCGCUGUCUUUCGAGAGGAUGGCCGUGAAACCGCCUUCGCACCCGACGUAUGAUCUGAAGGGCGUGAUCAAGCUCGCCCUGGCCGAGGACGCUGGGGAUCGAGGAGAUGUGACUUGUAUGGCCACUAUCCCUGCGGACGUGGAAGUGGAGGCCCAUUUCUUGGCGAAAGAGGAUGGUGUUGUGGCAGGAAUUGCUCUUGCGGAGAUGGUAUUCCAUGAGGUUGAUCCUUCUCUCACGGUAGACUGGUCUAAGAAGGAUGGAGAUUAUAUACAUAAGGGUCUUCAGUUUGGAAGAGUUUCUGGACGAGCAUACAGUGUUGUUGUAGCUGAAAGGGUAGUGCUGAAUUUUAUGCAAAGAAUGAGUGGCAUUGCAACUCUAACUAAGGCAAUGGCAGAUGCCGCACACCCAGCACGCAUUCUAGAGACAAGGAAAACUGCUCCAGUUUUGCGUUUGGUGGAUAAGUGGGCGGUUCUCAUUGGUGGAGGGAAAAAUCACAGGAUGGGUUUAUUUGAUAUGGUUAUGAUAAAGGACAAUCAUAUAUCUAUAGCUGGGGGUGUCACAAAUGCCAUUAGAUCUGUUGACGUGUAUUUGGAACAAAGAAACCUCCAAAUGGAGGUCGAGGUUGAGACAAGGACACUGGAGGAAGUUAAGGAAGUAUUAAACUAUGCAUCUGAGACCAAUACCUCAUUGACUCGGAUAAUGCUGGAUAAUAUGGUCAUACCCUUAUCAAAUGGUGAUGUUGAUGUUUCUAUGCUUCAAGAGGCUGUGGGAUUGAUCAAUGGGAAGUUUGAGACAGAAGCAUCUGGAAAUGUUACUCUUGAAACAGUGCAUAAAAUUGGACAAACCGGUGUGACAUAUAUCUCAAGCCUGUAGAAGAACUCAAGUGUGUUUGUUUCAAAUAAGCAACUUUUCAUCCAGAAAAGAAGUUUGUAGCAGAAUCCAUUUUCAGGAAAACAACUUGGAUAAUGACAUUCCAUGUUUGGUGCUCACUAUGAAGGAUUUUCUUGCUAAAUUGUCAGAGUCGCGGUUCAUGAACAAGUAAGCGACUGUAGUGGCAGUGACAAUAACCAACUGUUGGAGGUGCUUCUGUUGGCCACAGCAGGCUGGCCAAAUAGUGGCGGCUGCUGGUCAGUGGCAACUGUAAAACCCUUCGUAGCUGUAGGAACCCCCUUGGUGAUAGGUGACAAUUGACAGGUUUCAAUUUUAAGAAUUUGAAUAUGCACUUUUUAUUCAUUAGCAGAAGACUUUGCAUUGACCAAUUUGUCUGCGUUAAAGGAUAAAACAUGAUUUUCGUUUUUCUUAUUUUGGCUGGGUAAUAAACGUUAUGUUCUUUUGAUUAGUGAAAAGAAUGUAAAAUUCCUAUAGUUACUUUUCUUUGCGAAAAAGCCUAAACAGUUGAUGUCUUUGUCCAUGUUCCUUCUUUAUGCUAAAUUCAGAAAAGAAUAGCUCUUCUCAUGUCGGAAUCUCGUUCCCUUAAUUCUAAUGUAGUGUUGAUACUUCGCCAAAAGAAUCGACCAGCUAAAGCUAAAGUUCCAUUAAAGAGUGCCUCCAUGGGGUAGAACCUCCUCAGGGAAUAUAAGUUUUUCAUAAGGCUGAUCUUGAGCCGCCAUCCAAGCACGAAUACCAAUCAAUCCCCAAAACAGAAGAGGUUCUGUCCAAUACAAAAUAAACAUUCAGAUGUUCCAAACAUCACAGGUUCCGAUCACAAUCAAGUGAGUGUGAGGAGUUUCACCGGUUGAAUUAAGUGGAUCACUGUUCCCAUUUUUUCUUAGUGGUGAAGCAGACAAUAGAGAGGAGUCUGAGGGUUUAAAUUAUGCGGAAUCUAUUUGCUCUGUGAGGGGGAUGCUUUGUUCCCUUGUCAGCAGUUAAGGUGUUCUUAUUUGUUUGUCAAGUAAUUGAGAAGCCUGAUUUGAUCUUCUUCAUUCAUGGGUAACUAUUUUGCGAUUAUCGUUUCUUCCAAAUGUUCUAGUCUUUUUGUCAUAUGCGACUCUGGAUGGAGAAGAUGAGAUAGGACCAUACUCACUUUGUACCGUGUUCAGGGUUUAAUGGCAGUUGCUGGUUUUGGUAACUCAUAAGAUCUGUGCAGUGCACCAUUCUGGCAAUGCUAGUUGUAUUGGUUAGGGAGGGCUUAUUCUUCUGAUAAAGUUAAAUCCUGCUAUUUGAACUUGUAAUAGUUAGAUUCGCUAACUCUAACGUAUGUUCUAAGUAAGAAUUGCACCGAGAAACAGCUAGUUUUCGUAUCCCAUCUGGCAGACAGCUAUAUAUGGUUCGCUUUUGACAAGUUUUGCGGGCAGAUGAUGUCUUUCUUCGUGGUGAAGAAAGUUAGACAACCAUGCUGGCAUGUGGGAUGACUCGUGGGCACCAACUUUUCCCCUGGAUGACUUUUUGUUAUUUUUUGCAGUGGUGCCCUCACGCAUUCUGUUAAAGCGCUCGACAUCUCCCUGAAGAUCGAUACGGACUUGGCUCUCGAAGUCGGAAGGCG